AUGGCCUUUCGCCCUAAUGAUCCCUACUGGAGGGCGCGCAUCUCUUCCGAGAUAACCGAAGGAAUUGACACUUUGCAAUCCCUGUACUCGCGGUCGGGGGGGGUCAUUCCCGACGGCCCUUCUUCGAACGCAGCGGGUGGGUCUCGUCGUACUGGUCGACGAGACCAAGGAAAUCAACAAUCAGCUGGACCCGAGGCUUCCAGAUAUCCCACGCCGGUGGGUAGCCACGCCAGCGGACGAGGUUACUCGCCUGGACGCCACUCACAUCGCGGUGGUUUAAAAUACGCUCCACUAGUAAGCGUUAUCCACCGCCAGAAUCCACCUAAGGAUGUGGUCGUAGCGGGAACACCUGAUCCGGAUCCAGGGUCGGAUCAGCUUGAUGUUCAAGAGCCGAACCGUGUAACGGAACAUUUGCAAGAUGACCUGGCUCACGAACGGACUCGGCGUUAUAAGCUUGAGGAUCUUGUAAGUAAUAAUUACAAUUCCCUAGUGCACGAUCGUUCGAACGAUCGUGCCGCUUUUGCGUUCGCGCAAGUUAAGAACGGACGUUCGACUCGCUCUCUUCGUGACGAGCUGGCUGUAGCUCGUCGAGUAAUCGCUGAACUGCGUGAACAGGUCGAUUCGCUAGUCGACCGGACUGGCUCGUUGAAACGGGACCACUCGAAAGUGGUAUCGGCUCUCGACUGCGGAGGUGUUCUUCGCAUCUCGAAACGGGCUCGUACUGAUAGUACGGGCGGAGACGACCGACGUAAAACGUAG